AGGAUCCUGCUGUUGAAACAGCAGAGGAAGCUAAGGAGCCAGCGGAGGCAGACAUCAAUGAACUCUGCAAAGACAUGUUCAGCAAAAUGGCCACUUACUUGACAGGUGAAUUGACAGCCACCAGUGAAGACUACAAACUCUUGGAAAACAUGAAUAAGCUGACGAGCUUGAAGUACUUAGAAAUGAAAGAUAUUGCUAUAAACAUCAGUAGAAAUCUGAAGGAUUUAAACCAAAAAUAUGCUGAUCUUCAGCCAUAUCUGGAACAGAUAAACCUAAUUGAGGAACAGGUUGCAGCUCUGGAGCAGGCAGCUUAUAAAUUGGAUGCAUAUUCCAAAAAACUUGAAGCCAAGUACAAAAAACUGGAGAAACGAUGAAAGUACAACAGUCUAUAAGCUGUAGUUGGGCAGUGAAUCAGACUAAUCUCUGGUUUUGCACAACAGCAACUCUGGAUGUUGACAAGGAUUUGGUUACAGCUAUCAUGGAGACUGGGAACUUUUUCCAGCUAUUGAAUACAGUAGGCUGUAUUCAGGCUUAAGGCUGAAUAAUAUUUUCCUCUUCUCAAGGGGUACUGUUCCCUCAGUUCUGCAAUGAAAUGUAGAAGCUUGUCCUUAAAUCAUGUCGAUAUUGGCUAUAUGUGUGUUAGUCCUGUUUUCCACAUGGAAUACUCACUCUAGGGUAAGUCUUCCAUAAUCUCUAAAGACAUUCUCCCUUAGUAGCAGUGGGACCUAAACUUCAAUUUUUCCUUCAUUGAGCUCUGUUUUGGGAAUAUACCUGGAACUUUGGACUUAAUGGAUGGGAUAUUGAAAAGCACUUCAUUUUGGUAUCCCCUUUUAUCUGUUUGAAAUAGAGAGACUAGUAACAAAUUUACAAUAAACUUGCUGCAUUAUUUCUCUGGAAUCUCAGAUUCUGUUGGAAAGAUUGCACAAGCUGUUUUAUUUUUUCAAAGAGAUCUCUUAAUAAAGACAAACUUCUUCAAGCUACUAGGGCUGAUAGAAGAGAACGUGUUUUAAACUCUUCAUCAAGUAUUCCUGCAGUUACAUUCUUUGACUGUCUGGACCUCUGGUAAAGUUUCAAGACAUAUUAGUUAACUUAGCAGACCCUUUCUCUACUUUACCAGUGAAUUUUGAUCCUACUAGUUUUUGUAGUGGCAUGCCUAGUUCAAAAAUCUGCUUCUGUACUAGGUUAACAAUGUUCCAAACUGCCACUUUGGCAGAGCCCUUUGUACUGAGCGGGUAUUCCUCCUGCUCCAGGGGUAUUUUUUCAUGUUCCUGUUCAUCUUAACUAAUUUAAGCUGGCUUUUGAAUGAGUUGCUGUUGAAGACAGUAUAAGUACUGAUAUGCAGGAAAGAAGUGGUUCAAACUUCAAGUGUUUAAAAGAAUGUCUAGUCAGGUGCCAGUGUGAUAAAGAUCAUGAUGCUGUCAGGCUGUGUACAACCACUAAUUAGUCAGAAUGGACACUUUUCCCUCAUGCUCUUUAGAAAGAGUGAAGUAGAUGACUUUUGAGAGCCUUCACCAUCACUUUGAAAAUCCCGGGUUUGAAAUAGAAGUAGCUUUUCUGUGCUUACGGUGUUACCUGGCAGGACUACAGGGGGACGCAGGGAGGCGCUGUGAGCAGUGAAAACACAGAUCCGCAGGAAAGGCCCAGUAGGGACCAUGCCCCGUUCCUGUUGAAACAGUUGCUUUUCUGUGAAUACAAAAUACAGUGCCGUUUUAAAACUACAAGGAUGGAAACCACCAGGGACUCUGAAGAUGGAAAUCCUUCUAGCCAUGCACUGUCACCAAGUUCUUAGUGUUUUCAGGUAAGAAAGGUAAGAAAUAUUGAGUUCCUUCACAAACUCGAGUAUUCCACCUUCAGGAAGCAAAAAUGAGAGAAGAGGCUUGUCCCACUACUGACUUUCUGAGAGGAAAUUUUAGAGACGGACUUCCUGGCUGGCUGGAGAAAAGUGUCAGUCCAGUUAGGCUGACAGCUACGUUUGCAGUUGGGUCUCUGAGUAACUGUUACCCUCCCUGCCUGAGGGACCUCUGUGUCACUGGUAGAAUCCAAAUCAUGUCAAGAAUGGCAGGUCCUUGGAGAGUAGCACAGAAGAGACAUAGGUGUGUGUGAACAGCAUUGUGCUGUGGAAAUGUAUAGUCACUCCAGAAGCAAAACCAUGACUUGGUUACUGCUCAGAUGUUUCACCUGGAGAAUUCCAGAGGAGAUACAGAAGGAGAUUAAAUCUCACAGUUCUCCUUUGCAGCAUUUUCUGGUGGAAACUAGACUAGAAAAGAACGUGUUCUUAAAGGGAGGAACAGGAGGAAAACAGAAAAGGGAGGGCUGAUGGAUGGGAAUCCAGGGGCAUGAUCUGCAAACCACUUUGGAGCUGAAGUAGUUCUUGAUGGCUUGGACUGAACUGCAAACCAGGGGAUGAACAUCACCCUAGCAAAUACAACUCUUUUAGCAGAAGCAGAAGAGUUCAGUUCCAGAGAGAAUUCUUUUUUUCCAGCAUCUUAAAAUAAUUCUGCACAGCCACUCUAAGAGGUUAUUCUGAAGACAUUCAAGUUUCAGAGCAGUACUUUGUGGAGCUAUCCAGUCUUCAGAAUCAGGGCACAUGGCUUUAGCCCUCCUCUAAUCCCAAAGCCCACUUCAUACCAUGGUGGAGUGUCCAGGUGCUAAAGCUGUUUUGCUGAUCUGCCUUGGCUGCCUCCUUGAUUUUUCAGCAUGGAGGAAGAUAACUGGAACAAGAAAGCUGCUCCCUCGUUUGUUUUUGCUAUUUUAGUCGUGGCACAGCUAGAUGAAGUACAAUGCUUUCUUCUUUUUAUCUGGUAAGAAGACUUAUUUCUUUUUGCCUUUGCAAUGCCAUGCUAGUAACAUGUAGUAUAUCUAGUUUAUUAAUCUUGGAAAGGAAGCAAGUUCUGUCUGUUUCACAUAAACAGUUAAUGGCAUUGUGGUAAUUCUACAGUUCUGUCUUUUCCCACAUAGUACAGAUUCAGCUCUCUGCCUUCACUGUAAUCACUAUAUAUUAUAUAUUGAUGAGAAUGUGAUUAAGACAGGAAAUACCAGCCAUUGAUCUGUACAUAUAUGCUUAGCAAGUCAUAUAAAUUCUAUUUGUGAUUUUUUCCGGAUUGUAACAUUGCUGUAGUGAUCUUUCUGUACUUCAUAAAAUAUUGGGGAGAUGCAAGCUGGCAUUCUUCCAGGAAAAGGCACUGGGGGGGAUCCUGGUAUUACUUAAUUUGUCCUUUUUUCACGCCAAUGAACAGCUCUGUAACCACAGUUGGGUUUCUGCUAGAUCCCAUGGGGUCAGUGCAGCUUUAUCCCAUAUUGGGAAUGGACAUUUAUAGGUCAUUCGCCAGCUCAUUCUUCAAGCCAUACUACAGUUCAUAUGAGUGAGUGAAAUGAAGCAGUCAGAUGUGUACAGCACUUGAAAGAGAUUUUGGAUUAUAAGCUUUGUGGACACUGGUUUUUCACUAAAAGAUGUUCUGGGAUAUCAGAAACAAUUCAGUAUACUACUUCUUUAUUUUGCAGUGUAAAUUGUAAUUUCACAUACCCCCAUUGCAAUCACACAGGAUGACCCAUCUGCCUGGUCAUUGAUAAACUGUCCCCACCACAGUAGACAGUACUGUGGCAAGAAUACAAUAGAUGAUCAUUAUCUAACACAAAAAAAACC